UUUCUGGAUAUUUUCUGGAUAUUUUUAGGAUAUUGCUAUUGACCUAUUGUCACCAUAGCAACAUUAACAUGAUAACUGUUCAUGAUAGAGAACUCUGCAGGGAACUCUUGGGGUUUGAUCAAGAGAGAGAGGGAGAGGACGAAAAGAAGAGAGUGAAUGUUUCACGGAUUCAUAGCGAGGCACAGUUCUCCGAAACUGCUACAGCUACUGCAUUGUCUCGUACCAACACACACAGUCAACUACUGAGAGCUCAGGAAUGGCUCAGUCGCAAAGCAAGGAGAACCAUUGUUUCCUUACCCACUGAGCCUGAUGUCAAAGCAAUACAGUCCAUGUGCAGCGAGUUGGAAAAGGAGAGACAAGAACUUUUUAAAGAGAUUGAGGACUAUUUGUCAACUGCAGCUCAUUACAAGCAGUGCAAAAAGGAGAUGCUCUAUCAGAAAUGGAAAGAGCAGGUCUUCCUUCCCUUGCAGUCAGCCAUUACAAAGACACUUCAGUAUUCCUACUCAUUCAAUGAUACACAGAGAAAGCAGUUAUUCAAUCAAUACCUCCAUGUGCAGAACAAUAAAGGCGUAUUUUUGGAUACUAUUACAGUGGAGGAGUACAAUCCAAUGAGACUACACUACAUUGCAGCAAGAGCACAGACUCUUUGUCUUGAUGAUCCAUUGUUAUCGCAGCAGAGAGAUCAUCUCAACGAACUGACUGUCAUGCAUAAUUGUGAUGUGGGUGUACCAAGUGAUGGGUCAAGGAACAUACAGACCACUGUGCCAUCAGGUUGGACAAGCACUGAUCCUGUUCAAUGGCUGGCAAUGAAGCUAAUCCAAAUAAACAGCGAGGACAGACACAGGAGCAGGCAAAAGGUUAAAGAUUAUCAAAGUGCUACACACUUUCUCGAUGCGACCACACUGAUCAGAGAAACUGAUGAUGCAAGUGAUGAACCACAAGUUCCUCAUAAGACUCCAAUCAAAUAUAUAAGAGGAGAAGAAAUUAAUUUACAAUGGAGCUAGCUAGUGACCUUAUUGUUAUGCACAUACUACAUCUUUUAACUAGUGACUGGAAGUAUAUGUAUUUUAUACAAUUUAGGGCAACUAUUUAUUUAUUUUUGUUUUACAUAAUGUAACUAUAAGAUCAAGGUUACCAAAAAGACUGUGGCAUAUUGUACUCAAAA